AUGUUGCCUGAGUUUCUUCAAAGCAGUUAUGAACGCUACAAAACAGACACCAAUACAUUCGCAGCUUGGCUGCUCGAGACGGCGAGUAAAUGCGGCUACUAUCCGCCCGGCCUUGAAGUCGCGCAUUCCGCUGUAAAGAAAGGCAAACGCGAGAGCAAACGCAACGAUUCAAAUGCAGAACCGUUUCAAUAUAGUGCGACUACCAAAGAUCUGCAAAAGUUUGCCGGGGUGAUUGCAAACUCUGCUCUUCCGGUCCCUGCGUCAAUACUCGCCAUUGCAAAACGUGCCAUCAAACUGAGAAAAGCCGUGACUUCCUGGUUCUUGGGUCAGGGUGAUUCCGCAGGAAAUGAUCGACAUGCCCAUUUCGUCACUGUGCUGGAGCAGAUUUGUGGUGACCUGGAAUGGAUGUCUAAGCAGCCCUCAAAGUCAGACGCCAAGCCCACACCACAAACCUUGGAGUCAGACCGUGACGAUCCUCAUGGUAUCAGAUUCUUAAACAAAUUUGUUGUUCUCACAAUCGAGGAACCGCAGGAGGCUACAAGAUCCCAGCAAGCACCAGCACCCGUUGAAUCGAAGAAGAUUGUCAAGGUGAAUGUUGUCGAGGAGGAGGAAAGUGAUGAUGCAGAGUUAUUCCUAGGGCAGUUAUACUUCAAAAACCUGUGCUUGCUUCAAGAUCUCAACAACAUACGCACGUUCAUUUCGAUCACUUGGGCAGAAUACCGGGAUAAGAAAAUCGACCUUAUGAACACCUCCGUGGUCACAGAUAGCGCUCUGACACUUGCUCAAGACCUAGAUCAAAGCACCCACCGAGUCCUGGAUGAGCUUUCCCAGAAGAUAUCACUCGAGUCACUACCCGCCAAGGAGCUAGACAAGUCUAAUCCAGAACAAAUCAUCACCCGGAGAUGGUUAAGCGCGCACAACCUCGAUCCACUGCCGCUUCUCGCCUUUCUGAAGGCCAAGCUGUUCGAAGAGGAGCCUAUUAUUCUGUACAACUGCUUCGGGAUGCACAGACGCUCCAUUGAGUUACUCAGACUCAUCCGGGACAAAGAGCACGAGAAGUUUGUCCAGUACUUCACUUCGGCGUACAUGCCGGAUGAAUCACUCAUAUCCAACCUCGUCCUUCUAAUACUUCAUGUCUCAGACGGCUCAGCUCAAAGCGCCAAAGAAAUGGGGAUCAAUCACCGUCAAGUGAUGAGCCGAAUUGUGACAAGCGCUGGCGACGUGAUGCGCACAUAUCUGGAGAAGAACGGAGACGUUGCAUGCCGAGAACUCAAGGUGCUCUGCAAGAACAAGAAGCCGAUUCAUGACGACAUGGGCUAUGACAAGGGGAAGACAGAAGAGCUGGUCUAUUCCUGGCUCAGUCUAGAAGAUGUUCUGGGGGGUUGCCUCACUGAUGACUGGAAUCCCAAUCGCUUAGACAAGCGGAGCCGACGCGAGCUCAAUUUUCAGAAUCCCAUUGCCAAGCGACAGUCGCACGCGCAAAAUUGGUUUACCUUUUCCCUACGUUGA